CUAUCUUUAUUAGUGACGUUAUGGGUUUUGAAAAAUUAAAAUAGAAAUGUGAAAACCUAAGCGUUACCAUAAUUAGAUUUAUGACAUUCUUUUGGAUAUGUUGUAACGUCUUUUCAGAAUGUCAGACAAGUACUACCGCCUAGUAACCUUUAUAAUAAACAUAUGCCCAAAGCCUUUACGUGAACUAUUUGUCACUAAGGCAAAGACUGACUACACUGAACGAAACCUUCAUUACACAGACUUGGAACAGUACCUUAAGUCCCGAAAACCGGAUAUUAAUGAAUUACUUCGACGUUCUAAGAUCACUUUAGACCAGUUUGACUAUAUCUUCCCAUCAACCGGGAGCCCGAAUAUCCAAAUAUGGGACGUUACUUUACUCACAACACUACUGCGAGGCUUAUUUGGAAACAAGUUAAUACAAGAUGAAAGAGACUGCAUCGAUGUCAUCACAAAUAUUAGGAAUAGCCUGCAACACCUUGCAAAUACCGAAUGCAUUGUUGAUAAAGAUUUUAACUCUUCAUGGAGUGCCCUUAAGGAUGCUGUGCUUACCUUGUUAAAGUAUGGAGGUUCACCUCAGCAAAGCUCUAUUGAAGAGGAAAUAAAUUCAGCAUUAACUGAAAACAUGCCGAAUCUUGGGGAUGUUCUACGUACUUGGCACAAAGUCUUGUAUGUGCAGCUUCAACUGCAAAACUCGGAGCUUGAAAAAAAGCUGGACUUUCAGGCCACCGAAAUACAGACACUGAAGGGAGAAUCUAAAACAUCAAGUAAAAUCCUGUCAAAAGCAUCUGUAAAACGAAAAGGACGCACGGGUGUUGCAGAAAAAAGGAUGAGAAUCGUAGACAACAAGGUUGAAAGGAUGAGAGCAAAAAUUAAACGAUCAUUAGAGAAGCAAAAUGAUUGUAUCGAGUCUUUCAAAGACGACAUUUCAUUGAUAACCCAACAGCUUACAGACAACCACCGCGUUAUCGUUACUGGUCAUGACAACACGCUGACUUACAAAUGCGCACUUGCGGUAAUACAAGAUAGAAAAUAUCAACGUCCUGACCAAUGUUUAGAGAUCAACAACCCAUCCAACUGGAAACGGAUCUGUUCCGAGGAUGCACAGUUUGUACUAUUUCAUGAACCGUUUGGUAGGGCAACCUACGAUUCAAACAAGGUUGAAGUAAUGCUUGAAGAGUUUGACAGUAUGAUAGAUGCAACAGAUGACGAUAAUGAUGAUGUUAUCGAUAUUGUCAUAGUAACCAACCAGAGACUUCUCAAUAAAGUUACAAGACAUCAUGACCAUGAUAUGUUAUCUACAUCAUCAAUGGUUUAUAUAGAUUCCUCAGCAGACGAUAAUCCAGAAGACACAUGUGCCACCGAGGAAACCGUCUAUAGAAAUCUUUUGGAGUAUUCAAAAGUUUAUCAUCAGAGCUACACAGGUAAGAUGGUUAACAAAGAAGUCAAAGACGAGGCUAAAAAGAUGUUUAUAGAGUACAGUGCAGUUGUCAUUGUCGGAUCUGCUGGAAGUGGAAAGACAAGCUUAUCAUUUAAGCUGCUGCCAGCAUACGACCUCAGCAACGGAGAAGAAAAUUUUCUUGUCAUAAUUGAUCCGGGAGAACUGAAGUAUGUCAAGUGUUCUUUGCAACCAGUGAUAAUUAUGAAACCAUUGGCUGGUAUGGGCUUCGGCAAAGCAGAAGCAUGGAAAUGGUACAGGCAAUUUGACAGGAUGUUUGCAGCUGUACAGGAAAAGAAGGUUGCCGUUAUUAUUACGAUGGAAACAGAAGUCUUCCAAAUGUGGAAAGCAAAUAUGCCGACUCAUCCUUUGUUAGAUCACGUAGUGUACAUGGCAGGCACUCGUGCAAAGGAAAUGGAGAAACAUAAACAAGGCAACGUUCAAAAUGGAUUACAAACAGAGAAAACAAGUCAUUAUGAUGAAAUACCGAACAGAGCACCGAGGGAUGUAAUAAGGCACGUCAAGUCUGUCCGAGAUUAUGAUAUCGGAUCAGAGGGAAUCUGUAAUAUAACAGGUGGUUGUGUGUUACCUACAGGCCAUAUUUUAUUGGCUGACUUUGAAAAUAAAAAAAUAACAAAAAUGGAUAGAUAUUAUAUUAUUUGCAAUACCUAUGAUUUGCCGGAACGGUCUUGGGAUGUGUGUUAUAUUGAUAGUAAUGUGGCUGUAGUAGCACUGAGGUUUCAGAAACUGCAGUUUGUAGAUAUAUCAGAAGACUUGACCCUGACCAAAUCAGUGAAUACAGAUCAUGAAUGUCGUGCCGUGGCCUGUCAUGGUAACAAGCUGUAUGUUAUAGACUUUCAUUCCGUGUAUGUCUACACAACAGAUGGUGAAUGUCAAAACGUUCUUUAUACAGCAGAUUUUGACGAGGAUGAUGAUUAUGAUUUCAACUAUGUUGCCGUAAGUAAUGACGGUCGUAUGAUAUAUAUCACAUACUAUAACAUCGGUCUGGUUACUAUUGACAGCUCAGGAAAUCACUUAUACACAUUGACUGAUCUACCACAUACAAGAGUGAGAGGUGUAUGUGUGGAUGAUCAAGGCUAUGUUUACGUUCUUUUUCACGAUUUUAAGGACUCUUUAAUAGUUCAAGUAAGUACAGACGGCAGGCAGAAUCUCGGAACAGUAUUUGAACUUGAUGAUGUUUAUGAGUCGAUACAGUUUGAUAGCAUGAAGUCUGCUUUGUUAGUAACAGGAAUAUCAAAGAAGUUAAGAGUUUUAACACUGCAUUGAUAACACUGAAAUAUGUUUGGAAUCUCUAAAUUUGAUUACAGCUGAAACAACAUUUAGUUUUGUCUGAUGUUGAAAGUUCUCAAUAAAAUUGUAUUUCAUACAUUUUGAUCAAUUCUAAAUAAUACAUAUGGCAUGUUUAUUUAUGUAUGUAGCUCAGUAGUGACUACAUGUUUUCAAAUAUGAAUGUAAGUGUUUUCAUUAGUAUUGAAUAUAAUAAAGCAUUAAAUACAUCA